CUGGGGUUCGGAGAAGCGCCAAAACCCUAGACACCUAGCUCGAAACUUGAAAGCCUUACAAAUUGCAACACAGCAGAAUUUUGCCCAGCUGCCCACAAAAAUCUGCAGAUCAUUGAAUUUGAGUUUGUACUUUGUCGUGGAAGGACCUGAAGGUUAGAAAAUGGUGGCACAAUCUCACCUUGCAAAACAGGUUGCACGGCACUUAGUAAGGUUUGAGGCGUAUUAGGCUUGAUUGGCGCCCGACUGCCUCAUUGCUUGCAAUUGACAUCAUCACUUUUUCAGAGGGGUUGCAGCGAAGCGCCUCAAGAUGGGGGUCAUUGAACGCAUCAAGGAGAUUGAGGCGGAGAUGGCUCGCACGCAGAAGAACAAGGCCACAGAGUACCAUCUGGGGCAGCUCAAAGCCAAGCUGGCCAAGCUGCGCACCACGCUGCUGGAGCCGGCCAAGGGUGCCAGCGGACAGGGGGAUGGGUUUGAGGUGACCAAGUAUGGGCAUGCCAGAGUGGCGCUUAUUGGCUUCCCCAGCGUGGGCAAGUCCACCUUGCUGACGCAGCUGACGGGCACCAAGAGCGAGGCUGCCGCGUACGAGUUCACCACGCUGACGUGCAUCCCGGGGAUCAUCCACUACAACGACGCCAAGAUCCAGCUGCUCGAUCUGCCUGGAAUCAUUGAGGGCGCCGCGCAGGGCAAGGGCCGCGGGCGCCAGGUCAUCGCCGUCGCCAAGUCCUCCGACCUCGUCCUCAUGGUGCUGGACGCAUCCAAGAACGACCGGCACAAAGAGAUUCUGACUGCAGAGCUGGAGGCCGUGGGGCUCCGCCUGAACCAACGACCGCCGCAGAUCUACUUCAAGCGGAAGAAGACGGGGGGCAUCUCGUUCAACAGCACGGCCCCGCUGACGCACAUCGACGAGAAGCUGUGCUACCAGAUCCUGCACGAGUACAAGAUCCACAACGCCGAGGUGCUGUUCCGCGAGGACGCCACGGUGGACCAGCUGAUCGACGUCAUCGAGGGCAACCGCAAAUACAUCAAGUGCCUGUACGUGUACAACAAGAUCGACGUCAUGGGCAUGGACGACGUGGACCGCCUCUCGCGCCUGCCCAACUCCGUCGUCAUCUCCUGCUCCAUGCAACUGAACCUGGACCGGCUGCUGGCGGCCAUGUGGGCCACCAUGGGCCUCGUGCGCGUCUUCACCAAGCCGCAGGGGCAGCACCCCGACUUCUCGGAGCCCAUCGUCAUGUCGCACGACCGCGGCGGUUGCUCGGUGGAGGACUUUUGCGGGCAGCUGCACCGCAGCCUGGCCAAGGACUUCAAGUACGGCCUCGUGUGGGGCACCAGCGCCAAGCACUUCCCGCAGCGCUGCGGCCUGCAGCACGAGCUCGAGGACGAGGACGUCGUGCAGAUCGUCAAACGGAAGGAUCAAACAGAAGAAGGGCGAGGACGGUUUAAAUCGCACGUGGAGGGACCUGUCCGAAUAUCGGACCGGGUCAAAAAGGCACCCCUCAAGCAGUAGCCUCAGUACCAACCGAAUCUCGGAAGCGCGAGCGAUCAUGCGUUUGGCUCCUCGCAACCUGUACAAUCAUGUUGUUGUCAACUUCAAACUUGACUAUUUUUCUCAACUUAUUGGCCAUGAGUCAUUGAGCAGUCGACCG